AUGCCAAUGUUGAAAAUUCGGAAAUUCCGAAGACGUUGGGUGCUGACGGUGUUUCUGAUUGGUUCCUUGAUAUUUUUACUAUCGAAAACUCUUUCAAAUAAGCAAGACCUAGUUAAUGAGCAGUACGAAAUAAAGCGGACAUUUCUACGACAACCUUUUGAGUGGCAACCAAAGAUCCCAGAUCUGCCAGAGGCCAACUCAAGUAGACAGUGGAUAUGUAGGAAUUCUGUUCAGGGGAAACAACUUAUAGUGGAUGAACGGGGCUAUGUAUGUGAGCGAGAACAUGUAGUAGGUGGGGGAUGCUGUGACAGCAAACAUGCCCGCACAUCAAAGCACAGCUGUGAUACCUGUGAGAAGAAUGGAUGUUGUGAAAGAUAUGAAUACUGUGUGUCUUGCUGCCUACGUCCAGAAAAGAAACCUUUAAUGCAAAAAAUUCUGAAAGAAGGAAGGGAAGCCCUGGACAAGUUAUUUGCAUCCGUAGAUAAUCUGUUUGAACUUUGUCUCUCUAAGUGUAGAACUUCAUCACUGAGUGUGCAGCAUGAGAACUCCUACAGAAACUCUGACACUAAGCAUUGUUAUGGGGAAAAUCCUCCUGACCUUCAAGCUUCAGUACCAGUGUGAGAGAUAGUUGUGAUAGGAACAUAUCUGUACAGUAUUUAUUUUUAUACUAUGGUGUAUCACAAUAUGUAAAUAACAAGGUCAUGACCAGACUGUAAAUAUCAUUGUAAACAAAUAUUGUAUAUAAAACUAUAAAAUAGUGGUCACUUUUAAUGUGAAAUAUUGUAACCAUGAUUAUUUUUGUCCAUUAAUAAUUUUACAGAAGUGGUAAUUUUAUUUGCAGAAAAUAGAA